CGGGAGCUGCCCCGCGCGGAGCCUGGGAGCCGCAGCGCCGGCGCGGGGGGUGAGGGGGGGGAAGGGAGGCCGGAUGUGAGUGGAGCGGCCAUUUCCUGUUUCUCUGCAGUUUUCCCCAGCUUUGGGUGGUGGCCGCUACCCGGCUUCGGUUUCUAGUCCGCGGAGGGCAAGGCGGCGUGGACAGCGCUCCCGGCACCCCGCGCCCCGCCCGGCCGGCUGUAGGUAAAACUUGCCUACUGAUCAGUUACACAACCAAUGCAUUUCCUGGAGAGUAUAUCCCUACUGUCUUUGACAACUAUUCUGCCAAUGUUAUGGUAGAUGGAAAACCAGUGAAUCUGGGCUUAUGGGAUACAGCUGGACAAGAAGAUUAUGACAGAUUACGUCCCCUCUCCUAUCCGCAAACAGUUGGAGACACGUAUGGUAAGGAUAUAACCUCCAGGGGCAAAGACAAGCCGAUUGCCGAUGUGUUCUUAAUUUGCUUUUCCCUUGUGAGUCCUGCAUCAUUUGAAAAUGUCCGUGCGAAGUGGUAUCCGGAAGUGCGACACCAUUGUCCCAACACUCCUAUUAUCCUUGUGGGAACAAAACUUGAUCUUAGGGAUGAUAAAGACACCAUCGAGAAACUGAAGGAAAAGAAGCUGACUCCCAUCACCUACCCGCAGGGUUUGGCCAUGGCUAAGGAGAUCGGUGCUGUAAAAUACCUGGAGUGCUCAGCUCUCACCCAACGAGGCCUCAAGACAGUGUUUGAUGAAGCUAUUCGAGCAGUUCUCUGCCCACCUCCUGUCAAGAAGAGGAAGAGAAAAUGCCUGCUGUUGUAAAUGUCCAAGUCCUUAUUUCUUGGUCCUUCCCUUGGAACCUUUGUACGCUUUGCUCAAAAAACGGUGGAGCCUUCUUCGCACUCAAUGCCAAGUUUUUGUUACAGAUUAAUUUUUCCAUGAAACCAUUUUGAACCAAUCAGUAAUUUUAAGGUUUUGUUUUAAAUGUACGAGUUCAAACUCACAUCAUAUUAAAAUUUAGCCCUAAAAUGACAAGCCUUCUUAAAGCCUUAUUUUUCAAAAGCCCCUACCCUUGCUCAGAUUAAAAGUUGCCAAAAUACCUUCUGAACUAAGUUGUGGUGUUGUGCUAAGAACACUAAGCACUAAACUGUUGAACAACCUUUGUAAGAAGACUGCAACUUCUGAGAUCAGGAGGCGCAGACACUGUCCAAGUAGUUUGCAGAUCGAGUGAAGCAGAACAGCUUCCUUAGUGACAUGUUGCUGUGUAACACGUCAGUAACUUCUCAGCCCAUGUUCAUUCUGUACCUUCGUACUGUAUGUCUUAAUGGAAUGGGUGUAACAGCUCACUCUUCGGAUCAGUCUUUUUGAUUUUAUAGUGAGGGUUUUUUUUUUUAAUCAGUUUACUAGCUUUUGCUGAGACUUUGAACAGAACUCUCAUUCCCGUGUUUGCUCUAAUCAAGUAUUCUGUUCUUAGUCGUGGGUGUGCUGGGUGGAGUGUGAAACACGACAAGAUCAAAGGAUGAAGACAGUAUUUUGACAAAAGAUGAAGUGGAGAUUAAUUUACACUACAUUGUAUGUGAAAUAACAAUAAAAAGUGUCACGGGUAAAGAUUUUUAAGGUUAAUUUCUGUCAAAUGCAGUAGAUGAUGAAGAAAGGUUGGUAUUAAUAAGUGUCUUUUCUCAAGCUUUUUCUUUUUCCUAGCCUUGGUCAUCCCUCCCAAAAUUGGGCAUUUAAUUCAUCUUUGAACUGGUCAUUCCCAUAGUUGCUAACUUAGUGCUUUUCUAAAAGAACCCCUUCUUAAUGAGCAAUAUGCCUAUUUGUACUAUAAAAUCUUUCUGAUAAUGCAUUAGAAGUUUUUUUGUAGAUGAGUAGAAGUGCAUUCCUGUUUUCAUGUUACUUUAUUCAAAGCUAAUUAAAUGCUUUCCUUAGUCUUCUAGUAACUAGAUGUAAAAAUCAUGUGUUGCAGCUUUACAGUUUUUAAAAUAUUUUAGAUAUUCUUAAAACUAUGAACCUUCUUAACAUCACUGUCUUGCCAGAGUACCAACACUGUCACGUGACUAAUACUGACUUGACCCUCUUUACCUCACCCACACGGACACAUGCUUCCUGUCGUGGCUUUGCCUAACAAUGCUCCUUUGGGUCUGUGAGGUUCUGUAAACUGUGCUAGUGCUAAUGAUGUUCUGUACAACUUAACUCACUGGCGAGGACACAAUGUCAGACCUUUCAACCACUAGAACAAAAUUUUUUUAAUUGACAGUUGCAGAAUUGUGGAGUGUUUUUACAUUGAUCUUUUUGCUAAUGCAAUUAGCAGUAUGUUUUGCAUGUAUGACUUAAUAAAUCCUUGAAUCAUA